GUUCUUCUACGCCCCAUGGUGUGGACAGUCCAUCGCUGCCAGGGCAGAAGUUGAGCAAGCAGCGAGUCAGCUUUCAGACCAGUUUUGGACCAAUCGAAUACAAAGGCCCCAUGAGUGCUGUUUACAUUGAGAAGUUUGUCCGCCGGGUGAUGAAACCACUUCUGUACAUCCCAUCUCAAUCAGAAUUACUAGAUUUUCUCUCAAACUACGAGCCUGGAGUACUUGGGUACUUUGAGUUCAGUGGUUCACCCCAGCCACCUGGUUAUUUGACCUUCUUCACAUCAGCAUUACAUUCAUUAAAGAAAGAUUACCUAGGAACAGUACGAUUUGGGGUUAUCACAAAUAAACAUCUUGCGAAACUGGUAUCCUUAGUACACUCUGGAAGUGUGUAUUUACAUAGACAUUUCAACACAUCACUUGUCUUUCCCAGGGAGGUCAUCAACUACACAGCUGAGAACAUCUGCAAGUGGGCCUUAGAAAACCAAGAGACACUCCUUCGAUGGCUGCGGCCUCAUGGUGGAAAGAGUCUCCUGCUUUUAUUUAUUCCUUUUAAUCCCUUAGCCGAAAGUCAUCCUUUAAUAGAUGAGAUCACCGAGGUGGCCUUGGAGUACAACAACUGUCACGGGGACCAGGUGGUGGAGCGGCUCCUUCAGCACUUGCGGCGAGUGGAUGCCCCGGUGGUCAAGUCUCUGGCAUCUGAGCCCCCAAUCCAGCUGCUGGACCCGCCGCUGAUAACGGCGUCCCCCUGCUGCAACACUGUGGUGCUGCCCCAGUGGCACUCCAUCUCCAGGACCCACAAUGUCUGUGAACUAUGUGUCAACCAGACAGCUGUGGGCAUUAGGCUGAGCUCCGUUAGUGUGCCACAGUGCAGCUUUCUCGAGAUGGCAGCAGCUCUGGAUUCUUUCUACCUCAAGGAGCAGGCCUUUUAUCAUGUGGUGUCGGACAGCAUGGAGUGUAGCAAUUUUCUGAGUUCCUACAGCCCUUUCAGCUACUACACUGCAUGUUGCAGGACUAUGAACAGGGGUGUGGCAGGCUUCAUUGAUUCUGAACCAGAUGUCUUCAAAUCCCCAAACAUUGCAUUUUCUUCCCUUGAGAAAGAAUGUGAGGUUGAUACCCCAAGCUCCGUUCCUCACAUUGAGGAGAACAGGCAUGUCUUUCCUGAAGUGGACAUGAAUAGCACAAACUUCACAGGCCUGAGCUGCAGAACCAAUAAGACCCUGAACCUCUACCUGUUGGAUUCAAAUUUGUUUUGGUUAUAUGCAGAAAGGCUAGGUGCUCCUAGCACCGCUCAGGUGAAAGAAUUUGCUGCAAUUGUUGAUGUGAAAGAAGAAUCUCACUAUAUCUUGGAUCCAAAACAAGCUCUUAUGAAGUUCACCCUAGAGUCUUUUAUUCAAAACUUCAGUGUUCUCUACAGUCCCUUGAAAAGACAUCUUAUUGGAAGUGACUCUGCCCAGUUCCCUUCUCAGCAUUUAAUCACUGAAGUGACAACUGAUACCUUCUGGGAAAUAGUCCUUCAAAAGCAGGAUGUUUUGCUGCUUUAUUACGCACAGUGGUGUGGCUUCUGUCCUUCCCUCAAUCAUGUCUUCAUCCAGCUAGCUCGCCUCCUGCCAACGGAUACAUUUACUGUGGCAAGGAUUGAUGUAUCUCAGAAUGAUCUUCCUUGGGAAUUGAUGGUUGACCGACUUCCUACUGUCUUAUUUUUUCCCUGUAACAGAAAGGACCUAAGUGUGAAAUACCCUGAAGAUCUUCCCAUCACCCUUCCAAACCUGCUGAGGUUCAUUUUGCAUCACUCAGACCCUGCUUCUGUCCCCCAGAACUUGGCUAACCCUUCUACCAAAGAGUGUCUUCAGAGCGAGGCAGUCUUACAGCAGGGGCACAUCUCCCAUUUGGAGAGAGAGAUCCAGAAGCUGAGGGCUGAAAUCAGCACCCUUCAGCGAGCGCAAAUGCAGGUGGAGGCUCAGCUUGCCAGCGCGCGCAGGGAUGAGCACCAGCUGCUGCAGCAACAGCAGACCUUGAAGAAGCAGCACAGCUUGCUCCAGAUGCACAGUGAGCAGCUGCAGGCCCUGUAUGAGCAGAAAACCAGGGAGCUGGAGGAGGUGGCCCGAAAGCUCCAGGAGCUGGCCGACGCCUCAGAAAAUCUGCUCACGGAGAACACAUGGCUCAAGAUCCUGGUGGCGACCAUGGAGCGGAAACUGGAGAGCAAGGACAGAGCUGAAAAUCUCUCUCCCCCGGAGGAGGGGCACACUGACUACCCUGAGCCCUCAGGGUCCCCCCGGUUACCUGGCAGCACCCCUCCAGCUGCCAAUACCAGCUCCUCGCUGGCGGCUGAAAGGAGCAAUGAAAAUAGGACAGACUAACUUUUUAAACGACAUGAAGAAAUCAGAGGUGAAAUCUGUACAUUGGGAAUAUAUUUAUGCAAAUUUUAUUGAAAUUUAUUGUAAAUAAAGAUUUUCUCAGUGGUCUAGAAAAUCAA